UGGACUCAGACAACAAGUUGUGCGACCUGAUAGUUCAGCGAAACGUUGAAUUGCCCUGAAAACAGAAAGCGUUAUCACCACAUUGAAUGCUCUGGGUUAGACGAAAAACGGAAAAAAACAAAUCUAAAGUAAACUAUCUCAGACGCAGACGUUUCAGAGCAAAAGAGAAAUCUUGAGUCCUGCAGACUCAAACCAUGGCUGUGCCCUUGUCAAAUACCAACCUGCGAGUUCCACAAGGAUUUGGAAAUGUCCUCGAAGGACUGACCAGGGAAAUCCUCCGGGAACAGCCGGCAGAUAUCCCAACCUUUGCGGCACUCUACUUUAAAAUGCUGGUGAAAAAGAGACAAGAAACUGGAUUUGAUUCUGCAGAGUGGGGUGCAAAAAUUGAAGACAGAUACUACAAUAACCGUGCCUUCCAGGGUCGGCACACAUUCACUAUUGAAGAACAUAAAGCAGCUGUGAAGAUCCAGGCCACCUACAGAGGGUUUAUAACUCGAAAGAAGUUGAAGAGUGCGAAGGGUCAUCGCUUUGGUGAAGACAAGGACCAUCUACAUUCUGACUUCUUUGCUUCUGGGCAGUUUGAUGACUCCCAUGAUAUACAACGUCAUCAUGGGUUGGUGGCAGCCUCUAGUGAAGACCUUGAAGGGUUUGCUGCAGGGCACCACUUGAUGGAAGGUCGUGGAUUAGUGGCAGCCUCUAGUGAGGACCUUGAAGGAUUUGCUGCAGGGCACCGCUUGUCAGAAGGUCGUGGAUUAGUGGCAGCCUCUAGUGAGGACCUUGAAGGGUUUGCUGCAGGGCACCACUUGACUGAAGGUGAAGACACAACCUUUGGUGAUGAUAUCUCAUUUGAGAGGCGUUGGCAUGGUGAUGAUGACCUUGCUGAACUACUGGAGAAGUCUGUGCUUGGUCAGAGGGAUGGAGCUGACCAUGACUUCAGUGGGAGUGAGCUUGAGGAUGACAAAGAUGCCCUACAUGACAGCCAAGCUGGCCUGGAUCAACAAGCCCACCAUUUAGAACGUGCAUCUCUGAGGCACCGUGGCUCUCAGAGGGCAUCUUUUGAGGAUGGUGGGGAUGGCAGAAUAUCUUGGGGCACACAGACCACUUUUGAUAAAGGUGAUGAUGCUACCCAGUUGCAUGGAAUUAGUUUGGAUGAACUUGAAAGGCUUCGAAGGGCCCUGGAAGAGCAGUCAAGAGCUGGCAGGUCUGGUGGUGAAGGCAUUGAGGGAAUUGACCAGACCCAAGGUGAUCAGGCAGGUGCUGGCGAGGGUCAGGAAGGGGGAGACCAGAGUGCCCAGGAUGGAGCAGCAGCAGGUACAGGAGCAGAAGAUGGAGCAGGAGAUGACCAACAUGAGAUUGCUGGAGUAAGGCACGUUGAAGAUGACUAUUAUGAUGAUGAAGCUCCUGAAGAAGACCAGGAUGAGCCCCCAGGCCUUGGUGCAGGCGAUGCAGACAGCACGGAUCUUCAGGAAUUAGAGCCUGUCCCCGUAGCAUCAGAUGCAAAGGAAGAACUAGAACUGGAAACGAUGCCAGUUCAGCAUUGGGGUCUUGAGGAGUUGGAGCUAACACUAGCAGCCUCAGAUACAAAGGAGGAACUGGCCCUGGAUGGAACAGCAACUGACAAUGGGGGAGCUCAGGAGUAUGCAACAGCACAAUUAGAUGCAAAGGAGGAACCAGCCCUGGAUGAGACACCAAUUCAAAGCCAGUCUCUUCAUGAGUUACAGGCGAUCCACUUUACAUCAGAUUUAAUGGAGGAGCCAACAUUUGAAGUGACCCAAGAGCAACACAGUGGUCUUGAGGAGUUGGAGCUAACACUAGCAGCCUCAGAUACAAAGGAGGAACCAGCCCUGGAUGGAACAGCAACUGAAAAUGGGGGAGCUGAGGAUCAGGAGUAUGCCACAGCACAAUUAGAUGCAAAGGAGGAAGCAGCCCUGGAUGAGACACCAAUUCAAAGCCAGUCUCUUCAUGAGUUACAGACGAUCCACUUUACAUCAGACUUAAUGGAGGAGCCAACAUUGGAUGUGACUCAAGAGCAACACAGUGAGUGUGAGGAGACAGACCCUAACAGUACAGCACUAGACCCAAAGGAAGAACCAUUCGAGGAUGAACCACCAGCCCAACAUAUGGGUACUGAAGAGCUGGAGCCUACUCCUGCGGCAUCAGAAGUAAAAGAAGAACAAACCCUGGAAGGAUCACCAGUCCAAAAUACGGAUCUUGAAGAACUGGAGCCCAUUCCACCAGCAUCAGAAGUAGAGGAGGAACCGACUGUGGAAGAAACACCCGCCCAAAGCAUGGAUUUUGAAGGACAGGAGCCCACUCCAGCAGCGUCAGACAACAGAGAAGAACUAACCUUGGAAGGAGCACUAGUCCAAAAUACGGAUCUUAAGGAUAGGGAGCCUAACCUUGCACCAACAGACACAAUGGAGGAAUCAGCUUGAAAGACAACUCCAGUCCAAGAUAUGGAAUAUUUGAGGAAAUAAGAGCUGUAAGACAAGGCCCCUUCUCAGAUGGAAGCAUUCAGAAACAAAUAC